UCUUUUUUAAAGCAAACAGAAAUAUGUGUAAAAUUAUUUGAUAAAGUGCGAGAGAGAGAAACAAAUUAACUAAUGUCAAUUGAUUGUAACAGGAUUACUAUUUCAUUCCCCGAAAAGGAAAAAAAAACCCUGGUGGUAAAUUAUAUAAUAGAUUUGGAAAUUCGCGAUCAAAGCGUUCAAGGCCCUCCGUUGAAGAAAACGGGAAACUCAUAGAUUAUUCAUCAUCGCAAACAGACGAAGUUGAUGAUUCCAUAUCGUUAGCUUUAAAAACAGCCUUAAGUCGUGAUAGCUCUGACUGGACUACCGUUUGUGAUAAAUGGAAAAAAACGUAUUCACUUCGUCAACAAGAGCUUUCCACUACAUCUAAUCACUCUUCUUUUUUAAAAUCUUGGCCAAAAUAUGGAGAUGCUAGAGCAACACAACUGAUUGAAAUUGAUUUUGAAAUAAUGUACCCUGGAAAACAACACCUGUUACUGAGCAAGUGGGAACAUUUCAAAAUAAUUAUUAAAAGAUAUUACGAAGCUAACAUCCACAACCCAAAUUGCAAGAAGCAGUUGCGUUUACUUAAUUCUAAUUUAAGCUCUGGCAACAUACUAAAAGAUUCUGAAGACUUUAUUCUGGCCAUUUUGCUCAACUCGGUCUUACCAGCAUCUUCAAGAUUCAAAGAUAGAAACGGAAGCAACAAAAGGAAAGUCUCAAUUGCGGAUGCGCAGGAGAGUUUUGCACUGAGGAUUCCAUCAAUUCAGUCAUAUCAGGAAAAUAUAAGCGAAUUGGUAAACAAAUAUUAUAACAUAGGUUUAACUAUUCAGCCAUUUAUUUUGUGCGUUGGCCAAGAUGACUACAAUAUUCAUGAAUAUUAUGUUUAUUUAGACAAAACAUUGUUUAAGUUUGAUAGCUUUAUAGAAGCACUUGACCUGUGCUUUAAAACAUUCCAAGUUCUGUCUUUAAAAUAUCCUUUAGCUUGUCAGUCGUGUUGGUUGUUUAUCCAAAAAUAUUUUUUCAAUAUUGAAAGCAAAUUUGAUUUUAAAUCAAGCAAUAUAACAUCUUUGUUAAACUUUUUCAAAAAUCAGUCAUAAUUGAUUCAAAACCUGUGUUUCAAAAAUAAGCAAGUUAUUUCUUUAAUAUCCCGUAGAUUUUAGUUUUAAGAUUUAAUUGUUAAUAUUUGUCGCUAAGCUUAUAAUUGAUCUUCCAAAAAGUUUUAAUUUCUUUAGCUAUACCGACUUAUAAGCUGUUCAAAGAAAAAUAUUUAGUUUUUAACAUCAUAAAUAAACUGUAUAAAACAAUAGAAAUUGUAAGUACACCCUUCAAAUGUCUAGAUACCCCCAUACGUCAAAUUUGAAUAAAAUAGUUGUAUGAUCGAAAGAUGUUAUAAAGGGAUUAGCUAUUAUUUAUUCUUUGUAUAAUCACUACACUCUGUUUUACUAUUAUUUUCUUACCUUGCUUUCCUCAAACUUUUCGAAUUAUUUGCUUUCUCUUUCGUAGUUAUUUCAAAACUUUCAUGGUUAUAUUCCUUAAAGUUUGAUAAAAUUAUAUGUUUAUUUAAAAUGUUAUAAGUGAACAAUUUCUUCACUAAAAAAUUGCAAACAUAAAGUUUAAUUCCUUAUUCUUUUAAAACAGAAUUUUUUCAAAACAUUACUGAUUUUGAACACAUUCCAAAUACUUUCCUUUUCACUUUUAUCAGAACUGUGCUUAAUUUGAAAGGAUUAUAUUCUUUUCUAGCCGCGUUUCGUUGGUUGUAGUUUAGUACAAAUCUUUGAAAAACUAUGUUUUGAUUCUUUUAACAAAGUACAUGCAUAUGUUUAUCUUAAAACUUUUCGAGUUUAUUUACUUUCUGUUUAUGAUUGCAUAUUGCUGACUUGAUAUAAUUUCUACAUUGGUACUAUAUCUACCGAAAAAUUCCUUUUACCUAAAUCACUUAAUUUUUCUGUUAAUUGCUCACCUAAAAUAUUUCUUAAUUGAAAUAUAUAACAUUUGGAUACGUUCCUUUACUUUUAUUUUUUAUCGUGAUAAUAAUUUAUGAACAAAUAUUGUUUAUAUCCUGUAGGUUGUAAGAGUUUUUGGUUGUUGUUUCAGUAUUUCAAUACUUUUUUAAUCGAAUGAUCUAUUAAUUACUCAAAAAUAAAGUAUAAGAAGUAAUUAAAAAUGUAUAUUUGUUUUAAAUGUUUAAAACAUUAUCCAAGCUCAGAUGAUCUCAUACGUCACCUGAAAUAUGACCAUUUAAUUAAAAACGGCAACUUGCAAUGUAAACAAAAUGAAUGUCAUCAAAAAUUUUCUAGCUAUAGAAAUUUACGACGGCAUUUAGAAAAUUUGCAUAAGAACUCAAAAAUAAUAGUAGAUCAGUCUAUAUCAAGAACUCAUGCUACUAUCAAUACUUCUCGAAAUUUUGAAAUAAGCGUCAGCCAAGUGGUUGAACCUUUUGAAGUUGAAGUAAGUAAGAAAUAUUUUAUUGGUGAAAUAAUAAACGACCUAAGAAUUAAAGCCUUAACUUUAUCUCUGAAACUUUAUGCUAGAACUUUUAUGCCUCAGAAAGAAGUUCUUGAAAUUCAAAAGAUGAUUUCAAGUUUUUUAUCCACUAUAACUAAUUCAAUUGAACUUAUAACUUUAGGUAAAAUUCCUGAAGAAAUUACUAAAGAAUUUGACACUUUAUUAUCCUUUUGCAGUGAUCCUUACCAAGAAGUAAAAACUGAACAUAAAAUGUUUAAAGUAUUAAGUGAACUUAAAAUAUUUGAAGCACCAAAAUCAUUUGUGAUAGAAAACAAAAUAUCUGAGAAAGUAGUUAAGGGAAUCCCUACUUUUGAUGUUAAAUCUAUUAAUGUUUAUAUGAUGUCACUUCGAUUUCAGUUUAAGUCACUGUUUGAAAUACCAGGAAUUUUGAGGCUAACCAUAGAAAAUCAAGAAAAGCAUUUAAAUCAGGAUCAUAUCAAAAACUUUAUCAAUGGUGAAGUCUUUAAAGAAAAAAAAAAGAUGUUUCAAACGAAUUUCAUUAUACCCUAUACUUUAUAUUUUGACGAUUUUCAAAUUAAUAAUCCCCUUGGUACUCACACAUCCUCGAUAUGUGCUUGCUAUUAUACAUUUCCAACUCUUCCUCAGUAUUUACAAUCCCAGUUAGAGUUUUUAUUCCAUGCUGCUUUUAUUUCAUCAAGUUAUUUAAAAAAGUGUGGGAAUGAAGUAACUUUCCAUCACUUGAUUGAAGAGUUACAGCAUUUAGAAAAUGGAAUAGAAUUAGAAACAGAUAAUGGGAAGCUAGUUGUGCAUUUUGUUUUAUGGUUAAUUGUAGGAGACAAUUUAGGACUAAACAGUCUUUUUGGAUUUGUACAGUCUUUCACAGCAAAACGAUAUUGUCGUGGUUGUACAAGAACCCGUUCUGAAAUGAAAGCCGAUAACAAAGAAAUUUUGCUGAGCUUGCGUACAAAAGAAAAUUAUGAAAAUGAUCUUUUACAAGAUAACUUUUUAGAGACAGGAAUAAAAAGCAAUUGCAUUUUUAAUAAUUUAUUCAGCUUUCACGUGAGUCAGAAUUUUUAUUUCGAUUUGAUGCAUGACGUCCUGGAAGGGGUUAUCGUAUAUGAUGUUUGUAACAUUUUAAUGGGCUUAAUUGAACAUAAAAAUAUAUCUUUGCAAAUUUUGAAUAACAGAAAACAACUUUUUCAAUACGGAGAAACCGAAAUAGGAAAUCUUUCUUCUCCCAUCGAUAUGAAAAGACUAAAAUCCUUUAAUUUGAAAAUGACAGCUAGUGAAGUAUUGUGCUUUCUUCAUUUUUUGCCAUUAAUGGUAGGUGAUUUGAUUGAUCCAAAAAAUUCAUACUGGAUAUUGUUGGCAAAACUUGUAAAAAUGUUUGAUUUGUUAUUUAAAACUCAGUUUAGUGAGAAUGACUUGAUAACUUUAAGAAAGUUGAUUACUGAACACCAUACACAUUAUGUGAAGUUGUUUGGACCAACUUUAAAACCCAAACACCACUUUUUGGUACAUUACCCUACAGCAAUUAAAAAAUGUGGGCCUUUAAAAUACGUCUGGGUAAUGCGGUUUGAAGCUAAACAUAAGGAGGGUAAAGCGUACCUUAGUAAUAUUACAUCUAGGUUAAAUGCACCCCAUUCACUUGCCAUUAAGGCAUCACUGCAAUUUUCUUAUUUUUUAACUAAAAAUAAGUUAGGGAUUAAACCUCCCUUUGAUGAAAGUAUUUUUAAAAGCAAUGUUUUGUUAAGUAAGGAAUAUUUUACCGAAUUAGUUUCUUUCGGUAUCAAUUUAGACAAAGUCAGAUUUGCAGGUUGUGUGACGUAUGAGGGUAUACUGUACAAAAAUAAUAACUACUUAGCUGUUGCUGAUUCCUCCUUUAAGCUAUAUAAAAUAAUUUCUUUGCUGUUUGAAAAUAAUAAUUUGUUAACACUUUGUUCCGAAAUAAAGAUUAAAAUGUUUAACGAGCACUUUCAAGCCUACGAAGUUGGAGAAAAAAUUGGGACCUUACUUUUAAAAAAUAUUAACUCUUUCACAAGUCCUCCACUCCACUUAUAUCAAAUAAAUAAUGGAAAAACUUUUACCAGGAAUAAAUAUUUGUAACAAAUGUAACCAAUAAAUUAGCCUUCUGCAAACUUUUAAUUGGAAAAAAAAUGACUAUCCAAAAAUAUGUAAGUGUAAGAAUUAUUUUUGUAAGAAUUGUGAAAUAAAUAAAUACCAAUCUAACAAU